GGGUUGGGAACGCAUGAGAAAAAGGGGAGGUUGCUGGAGGGCCAGAGAGGAGGAGUUUCCCUCCGGACUCAAGAUCCAGUUUCAACAAGUGUUUCUGUCCAGAGAAGGAGCGGAGAGGGAACCCGCCGUCUAUUUAAAGACUGGGCCUCUCCAAUGCUCCUUUUGCCCAUCCGCUGCCUCUAGCCCACCCUUCUCUUCUCUUCUCUUUUUCCUUUUUUGAAGGAUUCUUGCUGGCAUUGCCUCCUUUUCUUGCUCCUAUUUUCGACCACCGCCGCUGCCGCCUCUUGGUCCUGUCCCCCAUCUCCUGUUCCAGCCAAGAUGGGGAAAGGGACAGGACGAGAGUCUACGCUUCCGGGGGCCACGCCAGAAAAUGGCGGCGGGAAGAAGAAGCAGAAGGAGAAGGAGCUGGAUGAGCUCAAGAAGGAAGUCAACCUGGAUGACCACAGGCUCUCCCUGGACGAAAUCAGCAGGAAGUACCAAGUGGACCUCUCCCGGGGUCUGACCAACACACGGGCAGCGGAGAUCCUGGCGCACGAUGGGCCCAACGCCUUGACCCCUCCGCCGACCACUCCGGAGUGGGUCAAGUUUUGCCGGCAGCUCUUUGGGGGCUUCUCCAUCCUCCUCUGGAUCGGGGCCAUCCUCUGCUUCUUGGCCUACAGCAUCCAGGCCGCCAUGGAGGACGAGCCCGCCAACGACAACCUGUACCUGGGAGUGGUCCUGGCGGCGGUUGUGAUCGUCACGGGAUGCUUUUCUUACUACCAGGAGGCCAAGAGCUCCAAAAUCAUGGACUCCUUCAAGAACAUGGUGCCUCAGCAAGCCCUUGUGAUCCGGGAGGGAGAGAAGAUCCAGAUCAAUGCUGAGAACGUGGUGGUGGGAGACCUGGUGGAGGUGAAGGGGGGAGACCGCGUCCCCGCAGACCUCCGGAUUAUCUCCUCCCACGGAUGCAAGGUGGACAACUCCUCCUUGACCGGAGAGUCAGAGCCCCAGACCCGUUCGCCCGAAUUCACCCACGAAAACCCACUGGAGACCCGCAACAUCUGCUUCUUCUCCACCAACUGCGUGGAAGGAACGGCCCGGGGCAUCGUCAUCUCCACGGGGGACCGGACGGUGAUGGGGCGCAUCGCCUCCUUGGCAUCUGGCCUGGAGGUGGGCCGUACCCCCAUCGCCAUGGAGAUCGAGCACUUUAUUCGCAUCAUCACCGGGGUGGCCGUCUUCUUGGGCCUCUCCUUCUUCAUCCUCUCCCUCAUCCUCGGUUACAGCUGGCUGGAGGCCGUCAUCUUCCUCAUCGGGAUCAUUGUGGCCAAUGUCCCAGAAGGGCUACUGGCCACCGUCACGGUGUGCCUGACCCUGACCGCCAAGCGCAUGGCGCGCAAAAACUGCCUGGUCAAGAACCUGGAGGCCGUGGAGACCUUGGGCUCCACCUCCACCAUCUGUUCGGACAAGACUGGAACCCUGACCCAGAAUCGGAUGACUGUUGCCCACAUGUGGUUCGACAACCAGAUCCACGAAGCCGACACCACCGAGGACCAGUCUGGAGCCACGUUCGACAAGCGCUCUCCCACCUGGACUGCCUUGGCCCGCAUUUCGGGGCUUUGCAACAGAGCUGUCUUCAAAGCGGGGCAGGAGAACAUUCCCAUUUCCAAGAGGGACACAGCCGGAGACGCCUCCGAAUCGGCCCUCCUGAAAUGCAUCGAAUUGUCCUGUGGGUCCGUCAAGAAGAUGAGGGAGAAGAACCCCAAAGUGAACGAGAUCCCCUUCAACUCCACCAAUAAGUACCAGCUGUCCAUCCACGAGUUGGAAGAGAGGCCCAAUGGCUACAUCCUGGUGAUGAAGGGGGCCCCCGAGAGGAUCCUGGACCGCUGCUCCACCAUCUUGUUGCAAGGGCAGGAGGUCCCCCUCGACGAGGAGAUGCGGGACGCCUUCCAGAACGCCUACCUGGAGUUGGGGGGCCUGGGGGAGAGAGUGCUGGGCUUCUGCCACUACUACUUCCCCGAAGACCAGUUUCCCCGGGGCUUUAAGUUUGAUGUGGAUGAGAUCAACUUCCCCAUCACCAACCUCUGCUUUGUGGGGCUCAUGUCCAUGAUCGACCCUCCGCGAGCAGCUGUGCCGGACGCCGUGGGCAAAUGCCGGAGCGCCGGGAUUAAGGUCAUUAUGGUGACUGGUGACCACCCGAUCACAGCCAAGGCCAUUGCCAAGGGAGUUGGCAUCAUCUCCGAGGGAAACGAGACGGUGGAGGACAUCGCAGACCGGCUCAACAUCCCCGUCAACCAGGUCAACCCCAGGGAAGCCAAGGCUUGUGUGAUCCAUGGCUCCGACCUCAAGGACAUGGCUGCUGACCAACUGGAUGAGAUCCUCAAAAACCACACGGAGAUUGUCUUUGCCCGCACUUCCCCACAGCAGAAACUCAUCAUUGUGGAAGGUUGCCAGCGGCAGGGGGCCAUCGUGGCCGUGACCGGGGACGGCGUGAAUGACUCUCCUGCCCUCAAGAAGGCCGACAUUGGCAUCGCCAUGGGCAUCGCUGGCUCUGACGUCUCCAAACAGGCUGCGGACAUGAUCCUCCUGGAUGACAACUUUGCCUCCAUUGUGACAGGCGUCGAGGAAGGUCGCCUGAUCUUUGACAACCUGAAGAAGUCCAUUGCCUACACGCUCACCAGCAACAUCCCUGAGAUCACGCCGUUCCUCUUGUUCAUCAUCGCCAACAUCCCUCUGCCCCUGGGCACCGUCACCAUCUUGUGCAUCGACCUAGGCACUGACAUGGUUCCAGCCAUCUCCUUGGCGUAUGAGGCGGCCGAGAGCGACAUCAUGAAGCGGCAGCCAAGGAACCCCAAGACAGACAAGUUGGUCAAUGAGCGCCUCAUCAGCAUGGCCUAUGGGCAGAUCGGUAUGAUCCAGGCCCUUGGGGGAUUUUUCACCUAUUUUGUGAUCCUGGCCGAGAACGGUUUCCUACCCACCACUUUGCUGGGGAUCCGUUUGGACUGGGAUGACCGCUCCAAAAAUGAUGUGGAGGACAGCUAUGGCCAGGAGUGGACCUAUGAGCAGCGGAAAGUGGUGGAGUUCACCUGCCACACGGCCUUCUUUGCCAGCAUCGUGGUGGUCCAGUGGGCUGACCUCAUCAUCUGCAAGACCAGGAGGAACUCUGUCUUCCAGCAGGGCAUGAAGAACAAAAUCCUGAUCUUUGGCCUCCUUGAAGAAACCGCCUUGGCUGCCUUCUUGUCCUACUGCCCUGGCAUGGGGGUGGCUCUGCGCAUGUACCCUCUCAAGGUCACUUGGUGGUUCUGCGCCGUCCCUUACAGCUUGCUGAUCUUCAUUUAUGAUGAAGUUCGGAAACUCCUCCUCCGUCGCUACCCUGGCGGCUGGGUGGAGAAGGAGACCUACUACUAAACCAGCAAAGCCACCCAGGAGACUCCAACCGGGAACCGUGUCCCUCACAUACCCAUGUAGCCAAAACUCGUAGUUGGCAGGAUGCAAUAAAAGUCACUUAACCACUUCUC